UAAAAUUCCCUCAUACAUCCGCUUUCAGCUACACGUUGUAAACAAAGCAAGGUUUUCUGGCAGGGCAACAGUUUUCCUCACUGAAACAAAAAAGAACUUUUGUGGACUUUGGCUGUCAGAGCUCUUCACAGGACAAUCAGAGGGUGAACCACUCAGACGCUGCAGAUCGACGAAAUGGACGACAUCCAAGUUGAGACCAAACACCUCCUGGUGGACCGGGAAUUGCCGGGCUUGAGAGAGGCUGUGGAGCAGCUCGCCAUGGCGGAGCAUGAUGUGGAGACUCCAUACGGUCGAAUCCACUGCACGAUGAAGGGUGUUCCCAAAGGAGAGCGUCCAGUCAUCCUGACCUUCCAUGACAUCGGACUGAACCACAAGACCUGCUGGAACACGCUCUUCAACCACGAGGACAUGGCAGAGAUCACGCACCACUUCGCCGUGUGCCACGUUGACGCGCCCGGCCAGCACGAGGGCGCUAACACCUUUUCCACCGGAUACGAGUAUCCCUCCAUGGACCAAGUGUCUGAGACCCUCCCUCUGGUUCUGAAGCACUUUGGGCUGAAGAGUGUUAUUGGAAUGGGCUUCGGAGCCGGCGCCUACAUCCUCACCAGGUUCGCUCUGGACUACCCAAAUAUGGUGGAAGGUCUGGUGCUGAUCAACAUCAACCCAUGUGCUGAGGGUUGGAUGAACUGGGCCGCACACAAGAUCAGUGGGUGGACUCACGCUGAGCCCGACAUGAUCAUCUCCCACCUCUUCGGAAAGGAGGAGAUUCACACCAAUCAGGACUUGAUCGGCACGUACCGCCACCAUAUCGUCAACGACAUGAACCCGUACAACCUGCAUCUGUUCGUGAAGUCUUAUGAAAGCCGGAGGGACCUGGAGAUCGAAAGGCCUGCGCCAGGAUACAACAACCGGACCCUGAAGUGUCCUACACUGCUGGUGGUGGGCGACAGUUCCCCUGCUGUGGAGGCGGUGGUUGAGUGCAACACUAAGCUGGACCCGACAAAGGCCACCCUGCUGAAGAUGGCUGACUGCGGCGGCAUGCCCCAGGUUGACCAGCCUGGAAAACUGACUGAGGCGUUCAAGUACUUCAUCCAGGGCAUGGGAUACAUGCCAGCAGCCAGCAUGACCCGGCUGGUCCGCUCCCGCACCGCCUCCGGCUCCAGCGUCACCUCCUUCGAAGGCAACCGCUCCCGCUCCCACACCACCGAGGGGAACCGCUCGCGCUCGCACACCAACGAGGGCCGCAACCGCUCGGCGGACGGCCAGCGUGGCCGCUCCCACACGGCCGGCUCCAUGGACGGCACUGCGGACCAACCUGUGCCCAAGUCGGCGGAGGUGUCCUGCUAAGUGAACCUCCACUCCCCAGAAACCUCACGGGGUUCGUCCGUGUGCGUGCUGCGCCGCCUUCAACUGCAAACACACCUUCCACAUUCCUGAUCGCACAAUCUGCCGCCGCAUUCUGUGCCGUCAUCAUUUGGGGACUUAGAGCAGUUCAACUCCUCGGUCAGCUGCGUGUGCAGCUGAAGGCCGCACAGCAUCAUGGGAUACCGAAGCAGAGAAUGUUCAAAGAGAGCACCAGCUGUCUCUUGUAGUCUUCAACCUUUCAUUUUUAUCUUACAUUCCUUCCGUCCUGUAUCUUUCCAUUGUACCACAUCGACAAAGAUUUCUCCAUUAUUCCUGACUGUAAAUGACUCUUCCUUUUUGUUCUCACUGUAACUUCCCCAGGGUCUGUACAUUGUUAGAGCACAUUUGGAGAGGGUUGAAAAUGGCCUCACAGAUCACGUUAAGGGACACAUAUCCUGUAAAUACAUCGGCCCAUUUUCUUUGUUUCAAAUUCAGGUCGUUCUAACAAACUCAUGUAUGUCUGACAGCAGCGUAGUUCACAUUCCAGAAUCACUUUUUUUUUUCUGUGGGAUUUUCUCAUCAGUUGCACAAGCAGGUUGCUUGUUUCACGUAUUAAUGGCUGCAGACGAAAACAACAACCUUUUUAUAUGAUGAUUUCUAUGCAAUGAUAAGCAGGACAGAACAAAGAAGUGCCAUUAAGAUGUUGACAGAUUUAGACGCGACGCUCCAAUGUGGCGGUGGAGGAGGACUUUGGGUGAGUGAUAGAAAGGUUCGCAGAUUGAAUAGAAGGAAGCCAUAGAACUUACUCUCCCACCCCACACACACCUCCUUCUCCUAAUUUUUACUGUAUCACACACUGCAGCGCUGAAUGCACAGUAGAACAGACACGGCUUCGUGCAGCGAUCUGAGGCUGUAGACAACAUUAAAGUGACAUAACAGUUUGUAUUUAUUAAAAAAUGAUGAAUAAAAAACUUGUAACACACGUCA